AUGGUUAACACCACCGUUCCCGCACCCUCCGCGGCCGCCCAGGAGGAAUGGCCAGAUGCGGAUUUCGACCUGGCCGACGAUGAGCCGCUGAGCGCGCGGGUCGCUUCCCACGUGCAGGCAGAUGACGAAGAGGAUGAGGACUGGGAUCUGGACAUGGACCUCGGCAAGACCGGCGGCGCAAAGGCGCAGGCUGUGGUUGCGGGCAUUGCCGCACGAUCGAGCUCGGGUGCGCUGCGUGGGAUGGUCACCAUCAGGCCGCCCAUCGCCGCGACGUCCAUGUCCGUCUCGGAAGAUGACGAGGACGAGGAGGGGCUCUCGACGAUCAAAAUGGCCACCCUCAGGCCGUCCGCACCGCCGUCGCAGCAAGUGCAGCCACUGCCGAGCCUGGCCGUGCCCGAGGAGGACUUUGAGGCGGAUUUUGAUUUAUCAGGCGAUUUGACUCAGCUGUCGUUGAGACCACUGUCCCACCAGGGCAGCAAGAGUUCGCUCGAGUGGGGGGACAAGGACCAGACGUCGUCUUCUCAGUCCAGCGACGCCUACUCGACUCUCGGCUUUGACCGCCACUCGAUUUCUUCAAAUUCGACACAGCCCGAGUCAGGAACGGAGGAUGACGACGAAGAGGACCUCGACGGCCUUGUCAUUCCCUCGUCCAUUUUCGACUCUGGCAAGGCGGCGAAACAUCUCGCGCGCGUGCUCGAGCAGAAGAAGGUCCUCGCAGAGUCGCCUGCCGCGCCCACCAAAAUUGCGAGCCCGAACCCUGAGGAUGAUUUCGAGAGCGGGCUCGUGAUUGACGACGAUGCGGACUUUAGCCCUUCACGCCUACGGCAGGCGCAACUGCAGGCCCGCCGUUCGCCGCUUGCGCCUCGCGCAAAUUCUCUGCCAACCAGGUCAGGUGCAAGCUCUCGCCCGCCUUCACGGCUCCGGGCUGGCGCCAAGUCCCCGAUCUACCCUGGAAACCCGCCACUGUCCUCCCAACGGGCGCUCGAACGGGCAAACAGGAUGUCGCCCUCACCGCCACCACGUGUUACGCCCGUGCGCUCCCAAUCUGCAUUGCUCGCGCCUUCUGCCGCCACAAACAAGCCCGGCAGCCUCCGGGGCCAAAAGUCCCACACUGGCUUGAACCCCUCUCCGACCUCGGCGACGGCACCGCGCAGACUUACUCGCAAGGCUUCAUUGUCUUCGCUCAUGGAUACCGGCCUACAGCCUCCCACCAGCGCCACGGCCGGCCCUUCUUCCGGAUCUCAGCCACGCUAUGACGCACCCACAGCCGCGUCUCGUGCUAGGGUCCACGGCACUACCGGCCGUAUCCGUACCAGCCUCGAGCAGGCCGUGCCCCCCACGCGGCCGAGCACACCUUCAUCUUCGGGCGCGCUACGCCUCACGAUGCCCACGAAUUCAUCGAGGCUCAAGACGCGUCCGCCAAUCACCUCCGUUUUCCCUUCACCCAUCUACCCCAACGGGCGCACCUCUCCUCUACCCAAUCGCCCGCCCUCUUCGCUCCCCUUGCGCGCUCAACGCGCUUCGUCUCAGCAGCCGAUUGCAGGCCCAAGCACCGGUCCCAAAGUUCUGCGCAAACCGAAGCGUGCAAAGGCGUACGGCGACGGCACAGAGCUCGACGGAUUCGACGAUCUGCCAACCGAUAGCCAUAAGGAGAGCCAAUAUCGCGUCACGCCGAAGGGGUACGGCAACCGCGUGCCCGGCGCAAGCUACUCUCCUCGCAAGAGUGCCGAGGGAAGUAACGCGAAGAAUACUGGCACUAUGCGCCGCGGCAAAUCCAGACGCGAUCUCGGUACAGACUCGGGCACUGAAUCGCUACGGGCGUCCGCGGCACCAGUCCGCACGCUGAAGCGGACAGCGUCGAGUCGUAUCGACAUGAACAAAGCGGCAAGUCCGCCCGAACCGCCACGGCGGAAGAAGGUGCCUUCAUCUCCGCAACAACGUCGAAAACCGACGCUCAUACGAAAUCUGGGCGGCACGAGCGCUCCCAAAGUUGUCGGCGAGAUGCAGUGGAAUCCUGCAACGCUCAGAUGGGAGGGCAACGAUAACGCCCUGCGUGAUUUCGAUGCUGCGCUUGCGCCCACUCGUCCGGCGCUCAUCACGCAUCUGACGGGUAGCAGUGUUGGCUCGCCUGUGGGAUCCUUCGCCAAUGGCGCACGGCGUGUGGGCAACAUGGUGUUCGACCCCUCGCGAAUGUGCUGGAUAUCGACACUCGCACCUGAAGACGACGAACCGGACGUAUUCGCUGAUCUCGCUGACGAUGAGGGCGACUGGGAAGCACGGGGCGCGACUAUCCGUGCAUCUCAGCAGACCCAGUCAUCCGACUUGGCAAGUCAGCCUCCGAGUCCGGCCAGGAGCGUCAAGAGCCGCGUGAGGAGUCCAAGCGUCGAGUCGGUCUCAGACCGUGGUAGUCGAGCCAGCAUGGUCUGCGAUGUCGACGAGACGUUCUUCGACGCAUGUCGGCUAGCCGAAGAGCGGCAUAGCAAGGAGAUGCGCGGAUGGCGCGGGAAGCUUGAGGAUGGGUUCGAUGCGGACCGCUCGUUCUUGUAUGAAAUCCGAGCGCUCGCGACGAGGAAGUACUAG